AUCAUCUUUCUCAGGAAUUCCAGCUACAGUUAGAGAACUUUGCUCAGUCAUCUGAACAAGAGAAAGAGGAGUCAGGAUUUUCCUCUUCUAGACCAACAGGCCUCCAUCUUCACUAACUUAAGAGAGAAGUAAGGCAGCCACCGACUUGAAUGAUGAGGAGCGGAGUGGUGCUGUUUGUUCUGGGUCUGCUGUGCUUCUGCAGCUCCGUUUUUGGGCAGGAUGCUGAGGGGACUGAGCAGGGUGUUCAGGUCUUCUGUGAUGACAUGCACGUGCAAAAGGCUGCCCACAGCGCCUUGCACAAGUUCAACGACAAGUUGACCACUGGAUACAAGCUGGCUCUCUUUCAGAUCACAUCCGCCAGAAAGACAGAAGAUGGCUCAGACUCUGUGUAUUCACUGGAGUUCACCAGCAGGAGGAGUGAGUGUGUAGUGGGGGACAACAAACCCUGGACAGAGUGUGACUAUCUGGCAACUGGACAUAGGGCACCAAUUUCAUGCAACGCUACAGUCCACAUGACAGAAUCAGAAGCCGACACCAAACAGGUGGAUUGUAUGAUCGACAGCUUCCUUAUUCCAGAAAAAGCUCCGUGUUUGGGCUGCCCUGAACAUAUUGAAGAGAACUCAGAGGACCUUAAGGUUCCUCUUUCAGCAUCUAUCUCCAAGUUUAACUCCAUUUCCAACUCCACUCACCUGUUCACCUUGUACAGGGUCAGCCAUGCCACAAGACAGGUCGUUGCAGGUUUCAGGUACCAGCUGAGAUUCGAUAUGAAGAAAACCACCUGUGCAAAAGCUGAGCACAAAGACCUCAACGAUCUGUGUGUCGCAGAUGAGGAGAAUAAGGAGUUUGCAAACUGUAACGCUACGGUGGAUUUGGCACCAUGGAGACUCGAGCAGCCAGAGGUUCAUACACAGUGUGAAGAAGGUGCCUUGCAUGUGACUAGGCGCCGCCCCCCUGGCUGGUCACCACUCAGGACCCUGGUGGCCCCUCCCACCCCCAAUUCCCCUACACCCUCCGUCUCAACCACAGUCUCCUCCAAUACACAACCCCCCUCCAAGGCUCCUGCCAAAGAAGAAUCAUCUGAGGAGGACAGCCCAAUUUCAUCCAAGUCGCACGAUCUUCCGUUCCACUGCCCUUCCUUCCCCUGGAAAAUGUUCAAUCCUCCCAAACCCCCGGUGGCAACACAAGGCCCAGCAGAGGCCUCCCCAAAGCCAAUAAAGGCCACACGCCACCCCCUAGCAAAAAGUCUAGGGAAAAUGCAGUGAAAUAAACCUGCUGUCUUAGAUUUUCUCUCAAGAAGCUGCAUUAUUCGUAUCGUAUAACAAAAAAAAAAAAAAAAAAAGUGUUCCAGACGAAAUAUGUUUUACUUUUUUUCUUGUACUCAAGGCUUCAGUGAUGAUAUACGGCUUUCUAGAAAUGAUCUUUAUCCAAGUGAAAUGCUGAAAGAUAGACUUUAGCAAACAUUGUGAAAAAUGUUUAAGUCAACAUUAGUUCUUUUCUUUGGUUCAAAAUAGGGCUGGGCGAUAUGAAGAAAAUUGAAUAUCACGAUACCUUUGGGCUAUAUCACGACACACGAUAUAUAUCACAAAAUAACAAACCUGUUUUCAGGCACAUAGUGCCUAAAGUUGCAUUGUUAUAUGUCAAAUUAACAUGUAAUUUUUUGGUUUGAAAAAAUGUAUUGUAAAUUUAAAAUUAAUUAAAAAUGUUUUAUUUGAACCAUCAGCUGCACAGUUUUUCAUAAAUUACAAUAUUGCAACAUUAGAGCUCUUUCAUGGUCAACACUGGACCUUAAAAACAGAACAUCCCAGCAGCCAAAAGGAACACCAAGGACAAAAAGGACACAAAAUAAACCUGAAAUAAAAAGGGUCUCUUUUGUGCUCUUUUACAACAGUCUUCAUUUUGCGCU